UACCGUAAAUGGUCAAAUAUUUUGCCUGUCUUCAGGGUUCAGAUUCAGUUGUAGUUAAAUUUUGCACGUGCUCAACUUUAUAGUGUAUUUAAUUGACUCUGGAACGCAAAUACAGUUGUAUUCGUCAUGUGUGAUUCGCUAGAAGAAAAGUUUGGCGCCUGGGAACUGUUCGAGGAAGUAUGGGAAAGGGUUGUCGAUACCGCAACGGAGAAGGAAGCUACCAAAAAUCUACCCAACAUACUUUGCGAGGCACUAAAGCUGUUCCGAGAAGAAAUUACAACCACACAUUUAACCGAGUGCCGCCUUAAACUCAAAUUAAGCCCAGAUGUGAAAGACAACGUUAAGGCGGAUCAUGCACGUGCCAUGGGGAACGCUUUGUUCCAUCCGAAAGUGAAGAGAUACAUCGAGGCCGUAAAACGAUACAAUGAAAGCAUUUCAUUCUCCGCAAAGGGAUCUGAAGCUAGAGCUCUAGCGUAUGCUAACCGGUCAGCUGUUUGCUACGAGCUUCAUCAAUAUCAAGAAUGUCUGGACAACAUACGCCUGGCUCGCGAAUCAAACUAUCCUGCCCGAUUAAUAGAGAAGCUGAACAAACGGGAAACGGCUGCCGAGGAUGCGUUGGAAGAUGUCGCUAGAGGCAAAAAGAACACAGGGGGUUCUAAGGCCAACGUAGAUGCGCCUAAAAAGUUAUCCUUAAGCUAUGAGGGGAGCCAUUUGGUGCCACAUGCUGCUAACUGCUUAGAACUGCAGACCAGUGAUGAAUUUGGGCGAUUUGUUGCCACUACCAGAGAUCUGAAGGCUGGUGAUGUAGUUAUUAUAGAAAAACCCUACUGCACCUUACUGCUUGAUGUGUAUCGGCUGAUACGUUGCGAUUUUUGCCAUCAGGAAAGAAUAUUCAAUCUCAUCCCGUGCGAAGGGUGCACGGUGGCCAUGUACUGUUCGGAGGAAUGCAUGACGCAAGCCUAUCAGCGCUAUCAUCUGUACGAGUGUGGAGUAAUACGCGAUAUGUGGCGUAUUUUCACGAAAAUUCCCAUGAUGGCCAUGCGCACGGUAACCACAGGGAUCGCAUCGUUCAACCACAAUUUGCGUGACAUGAGAAAACACCUGCAAGAUAUGGACGAAUCGAAAGUAGAUGGGUUUACAAUGGACUGGACAAAAGCCACCCCGAGGGAGGUAUACGAGACUGUCCAUGUGUUGAUAACCAAUUACGAAAAACGCGAUCCUAAAGAUCUCGCACACAGGACAUUUUUCGCGAUUAUCAUCUAUGAUCUGUUAGUUGAACGUUCCAAGUUGGGGCCGGAGUGCAAUAGUGAUCCGGAUAUUUCAUCUCUCAUAAUGGAGCUUCUUCUGAAGCACCUGCAAACGACGCCGAUGAAUAUGCAUUCUCAGUACUACAUGGAUUAUCAACCGGAAGAAAAGUUGUACGAAAUCAUGAAUUAUGCUUCCGCCUGCUUUCCUCUGUUAAGUAUGAUUAACCAUUCUUGUGCGCCAAACCUAACACGUGUAACAUUGCACGAUGGACGCUGCGCUGUUGUUAUCUCUCGCCCAAUUAGUAAAGGAGGACAGCUCUACGAUAACUACGGACAACAUCACAGCCUGAUGCCAGUUCGGGAAAGACGUGCCAAACUGUUGACGCAGUAUAAAUUUCUCUGCAACUGUGAAGCAUGUGUUAACAAUUACCCCUUGUAUAACGAACUACCUUCAAUAAGUGAUUUUCGACAUGGUCUGAUUGACGCUGCUGAUAUACACGCUCAACUAGUGCUGCAUCAGCCGAAGAUAGCUGCCGAACUUUUGCCAAAGCUAAGUCAGUACUUAAACAAUAUCGGCCAUCAGUAUCCGCGGUACGAAGUAAGCUCUUGCCAGGAACUUUUUUUGCGUUCGUUUCAAAUAUUGUUCAUGGAAACUUCCAAUAGUGCCCAGUAUUGGAAAUAUUGCAAUCCCUGAACCUUAUCGCCUACGUACUGAUCUUUGUAACGGCGGACAACAUUUUUUUUUUAUUUAUCUUACAAUUUACUUUCUAGCAUUAUUAAACGGCAAAGAUAUCUAAAAUCAAUCGAACUGGAUUUUGGAAAGCGAGUGAAAAGUAUCUGUUGAUAUUGCGUUUAUGUGAUGAUGCUACUGCAAUGCGUUGAAUAUAUUCAAUAGUUUAUUUUUUACUAUCUCAUGAAGUUGAAUUUAACUUUAUCGUUGUUAUUCUUGUGAAGUAGCCAAGUAGCCAAUAAAGUUAUUGAAAUAUCU